CACCAGUAGUGGCAGCAGCAGGAUGAGUUCAGACGGGGGUGGCCGGCCGGCCAAGGUGGGUUCCCGGGUGGAGGUGAUUGGGAAGGGGCACCGCGGAACAGUGGCAUAUAUCGGUGCAACGCUCUUCUCCACAGGGAAGUGGGUGGGAGUGAUCCUCGACGAGUCGAAGGGGAAGAACGAUGGCACAGUCCAGGGGAAGAGAUACUUCACCUGCCACGAGAACCAUGGCAUCUUCGUACGGCAGUCGCAGAUCCAACUGGUUGAUGAUGGAGCAGACACCACCUCUCCUGACACCCCAGAACCGGCCUCCAACAAGGUCCCCAAACACGAGAUCCUGGAGACACUCAAGUCCACUAAACUGCAGCGAGGACCCAAGCCCAAAAAGGUGGUGCACGCUUCUCGAACCUCCUCGACUCCUGCCCCCAGGAAGACUACGGCCAGAAGGCCCAAGCCCAGCCGUCCUGCGGGAACCGGAGCCUCCAAGGCGGGGCCCUCUGGGUCUGUGUCUGCCUCGGCUGGAGAGAUGAGCAGCAGCGAGCCUUCCACCCCGGCACAGACCCCCCUGGGGGCCCCCAUCAUCCCCUCACCCGGGGGGCUCCUCUCCCCUUCAGCCCCCCCACCUCCACUCCCCAGCAAGGAGGAGGAGUCUCUGCGUGGUCAGGUGAAGGAUCUGGAGGAAAAGUUAGAGACUCUGAGGAUGAAGAGGACAGAGGACAAGGUCAAGCUGAAGGAGCUGGAGAAACAUAAGAUCCAGCUGGAGCAGCUGCAGGAAUGGAAGACCAAGAUGCAGGAGCAGCAGAACGACCUGACCAAACAACUCAAAGAGGCCAAGAAGGAGGCGAAGGAGGCCCAGGAGGCGAAGGAGCACUACAUGGAGGAGAUGGCGGACACGGCUGACGCUAUAGAGAUGGCCACGCUGGACAAGGAGAUGGCUGAGGAGCGGGCAGAGUCCCUGCAGCAGGAGGUGGAGUCUCUGAAGGAGAAACUAGAAGAGCUCGUCAUGGACCUGGAGAUCCUCAAACACGAGAUAGAGGAGAAAGGUUCAGAUGGUGCUGCUUCCAGUUACCAUGUGAAACAGCUGGAGGAGCAGAACGGCAGGCUGAAGGAAGCUCUCGUCAGGAUGCGUGACCUGUCUGUGUCGGAGAAGCAGGAACAUGUGAAGCUCCAGAAGCAGACAGAGAGGAAGAGCACAGAGCUGGACACCCUGAGGACUCAGAGAGAGAAACUCCAGGAGGAGAUGAAACUGGCCGAGAGGACCAUCGACGAACUCAAAGAACAGGUGGAUGGGGCACUAGGAGCUGAGGAGAUGGUGGAGACUCUGACAGAGAGGAAUCUAGACCUGGAGGAGAAAGUCAGAGAGCUGAGAGAGACAGUCGUUGAUCUGGAAGCCAUCAACGAAAUGAAUGAUGAACUUCAGGAGAACGCCAGAGAGACGGAGCUGGAGCUCAGAGAGAUGCUGGAUCUGGGCGGAGGCAGGGUCAGGGAGGCGGAGAAACGGGUGGAAGCUGCUCAGGAGACCGUUGCUGACUAUCAACAGACCAUCAAGAAGUACCGUGAGCUGACCGCUCACCUGCAGGAGGUGAACAGGGAGCUGACCAGCCAGCAGGAAGCCACAGCUGAGCAGCAGCAGCAUCCUCCAGCUGAGAUGUUUGACUUUAAGAUCAAGUUUGCUGAGACUAAGGCCUAUGCCAAGGCCAUAGAGAUGGAGCUGAGGAAGAUGGAAGUGGGCCAGGCCAACAGACAGGUGUCUCUCCUCACAUCCUUCAUGCCCGACUCCUUCCUGCGUCAUGGAGGAGACCACGACUGUAUCCUGGUGCUUCUGCUCAUACCAAGACUAAUCUUCAAGGCGGAGCUGAUCAGUAAGCAGGCCCAGGAGAAGUUUGAUCUGAACGACAACUGUGUGGAGAGGAGCGGGAUGAGAGGGGUGGCUGGGGAACAGCUGAGCUUUGCUGCAGGACUCGUCUACUCUCUCAGUCUGCUACAGGCUACACUACAUAAAUACGAACAAGCGCUGAACCAAUGCAGCGUGGAGGUAUAUCAGAAGAUCGGGACGCUGUACCCGGAGAUGGGCGUUCACGAACGUUCCCUGGACUUCCUGAUUGACCUGCUGCACAAAGACCAGCUGGAUGAGACGGUGCAUGUGGCGCCGCUCACCAAGGCCAUCAAAUACUACCAGCACCUGUACAGUAUCCACCUGGCAGAGCAGACAGAAGACUGCACCAUGCAUCUGGCUGAUCACAUCAAGUUUACCCAGAGUGCAUUGGACUGUAUGUGUGUGGAGGUUGGUCGUCUGCGUGCGUUCCUACACACAGGGCAGGAGAAGACGGACCUGGCCGUGCUGCUGAAGGAUCUAGAGACUUCCUGUUCUGACAUCAGACAGUUCUGUAAGAAGAUCCGCCGACGCAUGCCUGGUACGGACGUACCUGGGAUACCUGCUGCACUCACCUUCUUACAGCAGGUGGCAGAUAUUCUGCUGGACUGCAGGAAACACCUGACCUGGGUGGUGGCUGUGCUGCAAGAGGUGGCGGCUGCAGGGGCGCAGAUGGUUGCCCAUCUAGGGGAGCAGGAGGGACUCUCCGCACUCAAACUAGAGGACGUGGCCUUUAAGGCUGGAGAGCAGAUCUAUGGAACUCAAGGUUCUAACCCCUAUGGGUGCCUGCGCCAGUCCUGCUGUAUCGUCAUAGCAACCAUGAACAAGAUGGCCACCGCCAUGCAAGAGGGAGAGUACGACGCAGAUAGACCCCAGAUCACGACACUUCCUCCGGUGGAGCUGCGUGCCACAGCCCUCAGAGCGGAGAUCACAGACGCAGAAGGACUGGGCAUGAAGCUGGAGGACAGAGACACAGUCAUCAAGGAGCUCAAGAAGUCACUCAAGUUCAAGGGAGAGGAGCUGAGUGAGGCUAGCGUUCGGCUCAGUCUGUUGGAGAAGAAACUCGACAGUUCAUCUAGAGACGCAGACGAGCGCGUAGAGAAGAUCCAAACUCAACUAGACGAGACUCAAACUCUGCUCAAGAAGAAAGAGAAGGAGUUUGAGGAGACAAUGGACGCGCUGCAGGCUGAUAUCGACCAAUUGGAGUCGGAGAAGGCGGAUCUGAAGCAGCGUCUGAACAGCCAGUCAAAGAUGACCAUGGACGGGCUGAGAGGAGCGCCAGCGUCGGGAAUCGCCUCCGUUGUCACGGGGAUGACAGGAGAAGAACAGAAAGCGACUAUGGCCAGUAUGGGUCCAGGUAUGGGUCCCGGUAUGGGUCCUGGGUCGGGGGUCCCGGUGAUAGACUCUCCUCUCCUGACGCAGCAGAUUGAGGCUCAGAGACACAGCAUCAAACACCUGAAGAAUGAGAACAACAGACUCAAGGCUGAGAAGAUGCGUGCCCAGCUGUCCUCCCUACCACCUCUCCAUGUCUCCAAGCUCCCCACUAGAGACGGCUCUCACCCAGAGGUGCUCUCUAGCGCCCUCUAUCGUAAGACUGACCAAUUACUGGACACGUUACUGCAGAUGAGUGCCAACGUCAAAGUGGUGGACAUCACUGGCAAAUCCCCAGUAACUCCUAGUGCCCAGCUGCUGGAACACACAGCCAGACUCCAGUCCCUUAGCAACACUCUGGACAGACUGAAGGAUGAGGUAUCAGAACAUGUGGUGACCCAGAGACCUGGAGCUAGAGCCUUGUCUGACUUUGCCACGUUCCCCUGCUCCUCCUUCGUCAAGGUCCAGGAGGAGAAGAGGGGGGACAUGGUGCUGGUGGGGAAGGUGAUGAUGCCGUGUUCCCGUGGUCAGGAGCAGGUCCACCGUCUCGUCCUAUCACAGCCUCAGCUCCAAAGAGUGCACCGCCUCCUGCUGACAUAGGCUCCACCCACAACCCGCCCUGCUGACAUAGGCUCCACCUUCAACCUGCCAUGUUGCUCCUUCCCAUCUGUCUGUCUGAGGGUUUUGAGGCCAAAGCAUUGGGUUUGUGUUCGUACGCAGACGGUGCUUGACUUGGGCCGUGAGCUCACUGAACUGAGCGCCAGAACCUUAAGUUCCAUUCUGCCGUUAUUGCAAAGUUCUGGCACCUGGAUAUAAACGGUAGCAGCACCUAAAAUAACUACCAGCGUCAAGUCAAGCCCCGUUCAUACGAACAGUUAGAGUAUUAAUACGCUCACUUCCUCUAGAUCGCUCGCUCACUUCCUCUGUAGAUCAUACGCUCACUUCCUCUAGAUCAUACGCUCACUUCCUCUAGAUCGCUCACUCAUUUCCUCUGUAGAUCAUACGCUCACUUCCUCUAGAUCAUACGCUCACUUCCUCUAGAUCGCUCGCUCAUUUCCUCUGUAGAUCAUACGCUCACUUCCUCUAGAUCGCUCGCUCAUUUCCUCUGUAGAUCAUACGCUCACUUCCUCUAGAUCGCUCGUUCACUUCCUCUGUAGAUCAUACGCUCACUUCCUCUAGAUCGCUCGCUCACUUCCUCUGUAGAUCAUACGCUCACUUCCUCUAGAUCGCUCGCUCACUUCCUCUAGAUCGCUCGCUCAUUUCCUUUGUAGAUCAUACGCUCACUUCCUCUAGAUCGCUCGCUCGCUCACUUCCUCUGUAGAUCAUACGCUCACUUCCUCUAGAUCGCUCGCUCACUUCCUCUCCAGAUCAUUUGGUAGAGCAGAGCGCCUGUAACGGCAGGAUAGUGGGUUUGAUUCCUAGGACAACCUGUACACAAAAAUAUAUUCACGCAUGACUGUCAGACACUUUGGAUACUGUCUGUCUGCCUGCUACCCAUCUUACUGUCUGUCUGCCGAGGGUGAUGCUGCCUGCUACCCAUCUUACUGUCUGUCUGCCUGCUACCCAUAUUACUGUCUGUCUGCCGAGGGUGAUGCUGCCUGCUACCCAUCUUACUGUCUGUCUGCCUGCUACCCAUCUUACUGUCUGUCUGCCGGGGUGCUGCCUGCUACCCAUCUUACUGUCUGUCUGCCGAGGGUGAUGCUGCCUGCUACCCAUCUUACUGUCUGUCUGCCGAGGGUGAUGCUGCCUGCUACCCAUCUUACUGUCUGUCUGCCGAGGGUGAUGCUGCCUGCUACCCAUCUUACUGUCUGUCUGCCGAGGGUGAUGCUGCCUGCUACCCAUCUUACUGUCUGUCUGCCUGCUACCCAUCUUACUGUCUGUCUGCCGAGGGUGAUGCUGCCUGCUACCCAUCUUACUGUCUGUCUGCCUGCUACCCAUCUUACUGUCUGUCUGCUGAGGGUGAUGCUGCCUGCUACCCAUCUUACUGUCUGUCUGCCGAGAGUGAUGCUGCCUGCUACCCAUCUUACUGUCCGUCUGCUGAGGGUGAUGCUGCCUGCUACCCAUCUUACUGUCUGUCUGCCGAGGGUGAUGCUGCCUGCUACCCAUCUUACUGUCUGUCUGCCUGCUACCCAUCUUACUGUCUGUCUGCCGAGGGUGAUGCUGCCUGCUACCCAUCUUACUGUCUGUCUGCCGAGGGUGAUGCUGCCUGCUACCCAUCUUACUGUCUGUCUGCCGAGGGGGAUGCUGCCUGCUACCCAUCUUACUGUCUGUCUGCCUGCUACCCAUCUUACUGUCUGUCUGCCGAGGGUGAUGCUGCCUACUACCCAUCUUACUGUUUCAUCAUUUAUUUAAGAUGGUCAAUGCACAUUAGGCCCUAUUUAGACUUGACAUAAGUUGACUUUAACAUGGACUGAAAUCAACAAUAUUUGUACUUAGAUCCAUGUUUCAUGUCCACGUUGAGUCUAUUUAUCUCAAGUCUGAAUCAGACCCACUAUCAUUUCCAGGUCCAACAUCAAUGUAAAAGUGGCCGAGUUACUACUUCCUGUCCGUUGUCCCGUAGUUCACGGCGGUGUUGUCGUACCUACAACUAUUCCUUACUCUUAACCAUCUACAGCAGCGGUGUCAAACUCCAUUUCCCAGAAGGCCGUAUUCGGUCUUCACUGAGAGCCGCAGCCACCCCCACCUCCUC